AUGGCAAGGGAUCUUGAGCUGAUACCAAGGACUUUCCAGCUCGCCAUCGCCCACUACUGCGACAGUCAUGGUCCCACCCCCUUGAUGGUCACCGAGGCCAUCCCGACAAACUGCAACACAUGCUACGAUUACUCAUCCUCCCCCGACAGCCAGCAAGGCUCACCGACACCUGGCAUGCGCGAUGUCAACGACAGACUGCGACACAUGACCAUCCGAUCCUCCACCAUCCCCACCUCGGAACCGCGCACCUCCACAAACGGGCAGCGUCAGUCUUCCAUCCUCAAGACACCUCCGGGCAGUCCGCAUGGACCACCGCAGCCACGUCGGGACUCAAGCUUCCGCCGGACGUACGACGACACCGUCACCAAGAAACAGGGCCCAUGCGAGAACUGUGCCAUGACUAUUCCGCGGCAGUCAGCCAGCAAUGGCCCAGAAAUCCUUCGCACGCGCGUGCCAGCAGCCCGUGUGUUUGGACCGGCAGGACAGGCCUCCCCGCCAAUCUCGCAGACAUCUAGCGAUACGGAAGGCGAGGCAGAGGCGACUGGCUCACGCAGACCACAGCACAGUAGGAGAGGGCCGCCGCCACCACCCGUGCCAAGCUCGCGCUCGAGUAUUUCCUCCGAGUCAGCGCCGUCACACACCCACUACGUGGACUACACGUCAACCCACGAGCCUACGGUGGCAACAUCAUUCUCUCUCCUGCGGGCAUGUUGCCUGCGAGCCUUGUCAUUCGAGACCUUGCCCCGAGCCCCGAACACAUCCAGUGCCGCAGCUUCGUAUGCGAAUCCGAGCAGCAUACCACCUUCUCCAAGCUCCGCGACUGCCUCGUUUGUGACAACGCACUCCAACGGCGCGGCUGUCUCUGGUGGCUCCAUCUUCUUUGGAGAUGCCCUGGCAGGCUACACCACAGCCUACAUCUUCCGGAUCCCCGAUGUCCAUGCACGAGGGCACAAGCGCAUAUACGCCUUUCUCGCCUUAAGCACAUAUCGUGAGACCAAGGCCGUCAAGACCUUUGCCAAGGUCUCUAGCGCCUUCCACGAACUCGCCAUCUGGAUCCAAAAGCUGGCCGAGGCGGAAGCUGAACGCGCAGCCGAGGCAUCCCCGACGGGCUCCAAUGCUCACACCUCGUCCGGUGGCUUUUCGCAGCCGUCCCCGGUCUCGGCUAUGGACUCUAUGGGCCCACGAUCCUCUGGCUUGUCGGGCGGCAGCAGCUUCCUCACAGGAGGCAGUGGCUUCACGAGGCGCACGGGCGGCGGAGGCGGUGCGUCUGCGCCCAAGGCACGAGGGUUACCAGACCUCGUCGGCCAGCCGGAUUUUUUCGUCGCCCUGCAUGCCAAAUUCGUCAACAUCUUCUUUGAGAUUGGUGUGAGCCUCAGUGGUUGA